CACGAAUCACGAUACCGCGCCGGUCAAAGUUAAACAUUACGGUAUAAAAUAUCACACGUGAACCUCUGAUGUUAAACAAUCAAUAAUUUUUUAUGUAUAAAUAUCAAUUCAAUGGUGAUUAAUCUUACAUUUGCGUGUUAAUUAACGAACAUAUAAGUAUUGAGUUGUGUCGAUUGUGUGAUUUUAAAAAUAUUUUAAAUUGAUUUUGGAUUUUAACACAAAAACUUUUAACGGUUUGAAGGAUCUUUAAAAUGGCUCCGAACUCGUCAGAUGCGAAUGGAGUGCUAUUUGAAAGUGAUGCAGCCACUCCAGAUAUGGCACUUCCAGAUACUCCAGUAAUGAAGGCUGAUAACUAUCCGAAAAAAUUUGUUUGGAGAAACAUUAUAGCAUUUGCAUAUCUACAUAUUGCUGCAAUUUAUGGUGGUUACUUGUUUUUGUUUUCGGCUAAAUGGCAAACAGAUAUAUUUGCCUAUAUAUUGUAUGUUAUGUCUGGACUGGGAAUCACGGCUGGUGCUCAUAGACUAUGGGCUCAUAAGUCAUACAAAGCGAAGUGGCCACUGCGUCUCAUCCUUGUUAUCUUCAACACUUUGGCUUUUCAGGACUCCGCAAUAGAUUGGGCAAGGGACCAUCGCAUGCAUCACAAAUAUUCAGAGACAGAUGCAGAUCCUCAUAAUGCAACCCGUGGCUUCUUCUUCUCCCAUAUUGGCUGGCUUUUAGUUCGUAAACAUCCUGAACUCAAGAAGAAAGGGAAAGGCCUAGAUCUUAGUGACCUCUACUCUGACCCCAUCCUUCGUUUCCAAAAGAAGUACUACAUGAUUUUGAUGCCAAUCGCCUGCUUCGUCCUUCCGACUGUGAUUCCCGUCUACGGCUGGGGUGAGACUUGGUUGAACGCCUAUUUUGUAGCCGCGAUGUUCCGUUACGCCUUCAUUCUCAAUGUCACGUGGUUGGUCAACUCCGCUGCCCACAAAUGGGGUGACAAGCCAUACGACAAGAGCAUUCAGCCCUCAGAGAAUAUAUCGGUCGCCAUUUUCGCACUCGGGGAAGGAUUUCACAACUACCACCACACGUUCCCGUGGGAUUACAAAACUGCUGAACUGGGAAACAACAAAAUCAACUUUACAACCACUUUUAUUAACUUUUUCGCGAGAGUCGGUUGGGCGUAUGAUCUGAAAACUGUGUCCGAUGAGAUAGUCCAAAGUCGGGUGAAACGUACGGGUGAUGGGACGCACCCAUUAUGGGGGUGGGGUGAUAAAGACCAUUCCAAAGAAGAAAUGGACGCGGCUAUCAGAAUCAACCCUAAAGAUGAAUAAAAUGCACACGAUAUCCGAGAAUCGCAAUUAAAAUUUGAUAGAUUCUACAAAGGGAACAUGACACAAUGUUACCCUUUUUAUUUUAAUAUUUAAUGUCUAUGAUAGCGAUAAAGCUUCCACUAUUUAGGUUAUAAGUGUCUUUCGAAUAUUUUUCGCUUGUUUGAGCUCAAAUGGGCACAAUCUUUAGUUUUUGUUAUAACGAAUAUUUUUUUGUAGGUCAAAUCUAAAAGAUAGAUCUAAAUUUUAGUUUUAGUUAUUCGCACUGAAUUGUGAGACUGUGAACGAAAUAGUUUUUAAUUUAUUUGUUUACUGCGUAUAUUAAAUAGUUCUGGAGAAUCGUAAAUAUAUAACUUUUUUUUUAAUUUCAACCUUUUCGAGAAUUAUAAAAGUAUCUGGUUCUAACUGGAUGUCCCAUAGUAAUUCCGUAACGUUCAUUGGCAAGUUUACAUUUUCCUAAUAUAGCAAAAUCUUGCCUACACAUUUAUUCACUCAAAUUUAUAUUACGCAGUAUAACACAUCAGUAUUACGCACUAGAUACACAAUCACUAGUCUGUAUGUUUUGAAUUAUCGGUUUGAAUCCGACCCGCACAUUAUUUAUUGAAAUGGAUUGUUGCAAGGUUAAGAACUAUCUACAGAAGGUAUGAUAAUCGACGAAUGUUGGCAUAAUAUAUUUAUGGUAACUUGUUGCUCGCUAUGAAGGACAGAUAUCCAAACAUCUUUAGGGGAUGUGAAUCGUAAAACGUAUUGAACAAAUAAGGUGCUGUUUUAACUUUUUGAAUUUGCUUAUGGUAACAUUUAAGCUCCUUCCUUUGUCUUCUAAAUAUUGUGUCGUAUCUGAAAUGAGACGUAGUAAUAUGCCAAAUACUCCUAAGUCGUUACAUUACCGAUUUUUGUACUAUUGACCCGCUUUAAUGAAAUUCCGGGAUCUUUUUACUAUUAAAAAUCUACCCAAGUUACGUAAACUGAAAGAACAUGUUUUCUUCAUAGCGAACUCCAAGCGGAUGGUGUCACGCAGUCAAAGUUUGACUGAUGUUGUAGGACUGAUGUGUGGAAAUGAUUGUGAUAUUUAGUAUAUAGAUGAUCGGAAAAUAAAACCAAUGCGAUCUUAAAUUAUUUAUUAAAAGCUUAAACGGCGUUCCCAAUGUAACGUUUGCACUCAGUGUUGAUUAAUUUACUAAUAUGCUGGACAUAAUGUAGUAAUAUAACAGUGCUAGCGAA